UGAUGGAUUAAUGCUGAGCAGCUCCAUUGCGAUGUACCACCUGAUCUCACUCCCACCGUCUGCCUCUAUAAAACCUGCCUGACUGCUGAUCUCAGCUAGUCUCUCAGUCUCUCCUCUCUCUGUCUGUCUGUCUCUCUUUCUCUCUCUCUCCCUCUCUCUCUGUCUUCUCUAUCUCUUCCUCCUCUCAGCCGCCUCCGCUGCAGGCCAGGAGCUAUCCAGUGCUGAACAAGUGAAUUUUUUCUUUUUUUUCAGCAGCGUAAGCGGGUGUGUGUGUACAGUAGCAGGCACACACACACACAGUACCAUCAGACAUCUCUCUUUUCUCCUGCGUGCUCUUCAUAUUUCUGUUAUCUAGUCACUCUGUUUUUUAGUUCCUGGGACGUGGAUCUUUUUUUAUACAGUGGAUUUCAUUCGGGACGAUUUUUACAGGGUUUUUCUGGCGUGUGUGUCUGUCUGCGGCCGAUGUGAAGGAUUUCUGGUGCGUCUGUGCGCGUGCGACCGUGUGUGAACCAUGCCUCGCUCAUUUCUGGUGAAGAAAAUCAAACUGGAUGAUUUCUCCUCGUCUCCCGUGUCAGCGUCUAAUCAUCAUCACCAUCAUCAUCUCGAUGACUCCUUUACACGCUCUCGCUCCAGCCUGGGCGUCCGGCUUUGCGAAAAUGGCUAUAUCCAGGAUUACAUCAGCUCUACUGAAUACACAGAGGAGAAGCAGGCCGACAUGAAGCUGAGUUCGGAUCCGCUUUACUCCCCAGUCAGCAGCGGAGGAGGGGAGUACUGCCAACCGGACCUGGAGCACCCCGACAGCCCUCAGUCGGGCCUCACGGCUCGCGGAUACUUCAGCAGCGAGAGCGAAUCUCUCAGCGAGGGCUACACCAUGGACGCGUUCUUCAUAUCUGACGGCCGCUCAAGAAGGAAGGGAGAGGUCGCGGAAGCAAGGAAAGCCGACGUUGAAGAGAAAGAAGUGGCUGUGGUGAACAACGGAGGUCCAAGACACACUUGCAACGAGUGCGGAAAGACCUACGCCACUUCAUCCAACCUGAGCCGACACAAGCAGACCCACCGCAGCCUCGACAGCAAGAUGGCACGCAAGUGUCCCACCUGCGACAAGGUUUACGUGUCCAUGCCGGCGCUGGCCAUGCACAUCCUCACUCACGACCUCAAGCACAAAUGUCACGUGUGCAGCAAAGCCUUCAGUCGGCCUUGGCUGCUCCAGGGGCACAUGCGAUCGCAUACGGGAGAAAAGCCCUUCGCCUGCGCCCACUGCGGGAAAGCCUUCGCCGACCGGUCCAACCUACGAGCGCACAUGCAGACGCAUUCGGCCUUCAAACACUACCGGUGCAAGCGCUGCAAUAAGACCUUCGCGCUGAAGUCCUACCUAAACAAGCACUACGAGUCCGCCUGCUUCAGAGGCUCCGGAGAUGAGGACGAGUCUGGUUCUGAGAAUUAAUAAACGAGAAGUGAUGAAGAUGAGCUAACGCUCUGAAAAGUUUCCCUACAGACUCCCUUCACAGACCCCACUUUCCCUUUUUUAGAAAGCAAUAUUUUCACCAAGAAAAAAAACCAAACCAACCCAAUAAUGAGAUGACAAUAAUGAAUAGAUGCUGGAUUUUUUUUUCUUCGGUAAAAAAAAGACCCUCUCAUAUAGACACGUACGAUUAUGAGGCCUGGCAUGCAAAUUUUUAUGAACAUAAUACUAUUAAUAACGAUAGUAAUAAUAUUUAGAUUCCUGAUGUUUUAUAGCAAAUCUUAAAAAAAAGACAUAAAAAAAAGGACAGCAACAGGUUUGUGCUUUUUGAGAAAUGAAAUCAAUUUGUAUUUUUAUGCUGCUCUUUUAUUUUGAAUUCUUUUGCAACUGCCAACAUGAACUUUUUAUGAAAAUGUGAAUAAUGACAGUAUUUGCAAAAAAGAAAAAAAAAAAGAUUGUAGACCUCUGAAAAGGUACAAACUUUUGUUACACUUUUGGUAUUUGAUUUAUAAUUGUUAUUUUUAUAUUCAAAGUUUCCUGCAGUUCCAUUAUUUAUUUGUUUAUUUAUUUAUUUAUUGUGCCAAUCAUGUCCUGUAACUAUUCGAGCAGAGCGACCAUCACUCUGUGUUUUUACCAUAUGGAGGAAACAGCACUCAAGACUAAACAUUUCAAUGAUCUCCAAACAUUCGAAACACUUGUAAUACGGACGACAGGGACUUUCAACAACAUCUCUGCUCGCUCUGCUGGGCUUCCUCACACUAAAACAGACUGCAUGUGCUCCAGACGGCUGGAGCUCCGCCCCUUGUCUUCCUGCUCCAUGAUUACCUCACCCAGAGGCAGGUAUGACCUCUAACCUCUGCUCUGUCCACGCUCUCAAAGCGCCCAUCACACAAACCUCAUUUUUACCAUUCCAGUAUUGUCGUUGAGUAUUUAUGUAUUUAUUUAUGCACUAUUUUCAUUUUCUUAUUUAUUUCACGUGUAUUUAUUUAUUUAUGUACCUAUCUAUCUAUUUAUUUAUUUAUUUGGUUGAUUAUUCUCUGUGUCAUUGGAUACUGAACUGCCGUUGACCUUUUAAGAUGCUGCUCUUUAAUGAAAAUCUUUAUAUGCAUGAUUCAGCUGUAGAGGGAUUUUAUUCUUUUUCGAGAGGGACGGUAUGCAGUGUUUGAAAGCAGAUGAAUUCAGGUGAUGAUGCUUUGUUUAAUGGGCAAUAAUUCUUCUUAGGUACAGCAACUUGUAUAAUCACAGCUGUCCUGUUAGCAGUCAAUGUAGGGCAAUAAACAAAAACCUCCUUAAUAUCUCAAAAGUCAUUCUCUCCAUUUCGUCGUUUCUAGAAUUUCAUUUCCUGCUAAGACCAUCAGAAUGUCUAUAUAUGGUGUAUGUGUGACUCCACCCACAUUUGUGACAUCACAAUUCAUCUCAUUGCCAAACGCCAAGCAAUUUGUGACCCUGGACCACAAAACCAGUCUUAAGUAGCACGGGUAUAUUUGUAUGAAUAACGCUGUAUGGGUCAAAAUUAUCGAUUUUUCUUUCAUGCCAAAAAUCAUAGGGAUAUUAAGUAAAGAUCAUGUUUCAUGAAGAUAUUUUGUAAAUUCCCUACCGUAAAUAUAUCAAAACUUAAUUUUUGAUUAGUAAUAUGCAUUUCUAAUAAGAACAUUUGGACAGCUUAAAAGGAGAUUUUCUCAAUAUUUUGAUUUUUUUUUUUCAGAUUCCAGAUUUUCAAAUAGUUGUAUCUCAGCCAAAUAUUGUCCUAUCCUAACAAACCAUACAUCAAUAGAAAGCUAUUUAUUCAGCUCAAUUUCAAAAAAUUGACCCUUAUGACUGGUUUUGUGGUCCAGGGUCACAUUAGUAAUCGAGAAAUCUUUUACAUCUGAACACCAACAAAGCAUGCAUUAAUAUAUUAAUCCCUGAAAGUGCGAAUCGAACUCGACAGAUGCUUGUUCUUUUUGUACUUAUUUCAACAACAUUUUAAUAAGAAAAUCAGCAGCAAUAAGCCUUUUUCUAGAAUUUUUACUACUAUUAUUACUAUCAUCAUGACUUAAUAUAACUGUCUUACAUAUCAGCAAUAGUUUUGAAUGCAAUUAUAAAAAGACUAACCCACAGCAUGACAUAUUUCACGAAUUUGGCUUUAGCUGUCCAAAUAAAUCCCAUCAUAAGCUGCGGCCGCCAGACAAUGACAUGAAUAUGACAGAGUUUCAGUGACAUGUGAAAUAGGAGUCCCAAAUCCUAGACCCAGAAAUAAUGACCCCCCC